AAAAGAAGAUAUGAUUGAAAAAAUAAACUAAUUGGUUGUCGUUAGUUACAGACUUAAUGUAAUCUGACAUGAAACAGUCAAAUCAAAAAAUUGUUCCUAUAUUCUUAGAACCUCUAGAUGGCGUUGUAGAAAAAAAUGUAUCCUUUUUAAGCCUUCAUAUGGAUUGAAGGGUUAGAAACCGCUAACGUUCUAUGAAAGUUGUAAGACGAGAAGGCGUUCGUGAUGUCCUACUUGCUAAAGAGAUGCCAAAUUUAUUUAGAGUCUUUUAACUGUGCUUGUUCUUUAAGUUUUCUCAUUUAUUCGCAUUCUAUGCCUUGUCGUAGUGAGUAAAAGUUUACUUAAUACAAACUAUUAUCUUCAGAGCACCUUUAGUGUAUCGCUAAGAUAGAUGGCGUGUCGAACUGGCAGAAAACUAUUUAUAUGAAAAAAGAAAAAGAAUCAACGAAAUCAUCUUGGCUGAAAAUCUUCCGCUCACGCUCCAUCCACAAUUCCUGAGAGAAUGAUUUACUAGAUGGAAAUACACUGAUCAACUCAUUCAUAGCUCAUCUUCAAACUAGCGACGGUCCCGCCCUUCGACGGACUGUGUGCAUAAUUCAUUAAUCAGAUCCUUGUUAGAUGUAGGUGGCGUUGUAUGAAAAAUCCGCGCCGCAUACGAUCGGAUUAUGACGUGAAAGACGGAACGACGUUCGGAAUGUUUAUCCAAUUAGUCCUCCUAGUCGUCGAACUGUCUAUGGUAGAUUGUGCCAGAGCACUGGAGGCUCGUUCUAUGCCUUAUAAGACAAAAACGAAACUGGGAAAUGUAAUAGGUACCAGAGUGACACUCGAUAAUAAACGUUUGCCGGAAGUUGACGCUUUUUACGGUAUGAAAUACGCUACUAUACGUGGUGGUAGUUUAAGGUUUAUGCCACCGAGUACAAUUACGACAAAAUGGGAGAAAACGGUUAAUCUGAAUGAGUGGAGUGCCUGUCCACAGAGACACUUAGAUUUUGAAGAUUUACGCAAGAGGAUAGAGUCUAGUCGACUGGAAGAGUUGAGUAGGAUCUUGUUAGCUUUAAAAGAGGAUGGCUUCCGAAUGAAGGAAGACUGUCUGACAUUAAAUAUUUUCCGUCCAGCAAUGGCUGAAAGAGACGCCGCUAAACUUCCGGUACUGGUAUUCGUCCACGGUGAAAAUUAUAUGUAUGGUUCUGGCGAUAAUUACGAUGGUUCCGUAUUGGCGGCGGUUGGAAAAUUAGUUGUUGUUACUGUUAAUUACCGUCUUGGCGUACUCGGAUUCCUGAGUUCAGCAGAUAGUAAUGCACCCGGUAAUUACGCUUUAUUAGAUAUUCUUGCUGCUCUGCACUGGGUUCAAGACAACAUUGCCGAUUUUAAGGGCGAUAGAUCAAACGUAACAGUGAUGGGUCAAGGGUAUGGUGCAGCAAUGGUUAAUUUGCUACUAGUCUCACCCGUUACGAAUAGCAAAACAGGAAAGAACCUCUUCCAUCGAGUAAUCCUGCAAAGUGGAUCGGCUUUAAGUUCGUGGGCUAUUGCAAAGGACCCUCGCUAUUACGCUAAGCACGUAGGCAAAAAAUUUAACUGCACUAUCACCAAUAUGGCAGCAUUAAUUUCCUGCCUAAAAUCCAAGAAUUUCUCCGAUCUUAUUCAAACUGACAUUGACAACUUUAAAUAUCUAUCAUCACUUGGACCUGUAUUGGACCACAGCUCCCUUUUCCCAGGUCGUUUGGAAGCCUUAUUUCAAAAAGAUACUGCCCUCAUUCAACGCAUUCCAGUCAUGAUCGGUUUUACUGCCAACGAGGGACAAAUACUUUUCAACGACCUGCAAUUAAAAGAAGGAAUUUCAGAGCAGGAAAAGAAUAGAAUGCUAAGAACAUACGUUAGGAAUGUCUAUAGCUAUCAUCGUCACAAGAUUUAUGAAAUUCUAGCCAAUGAAUAUCAAUUAUCAGGGAGCGGAGAUCCAAAAGCUCUACAAAAACGUCUACAACAACUAAUCGGCGAUGGUCAAUAUAUUGCCCCAGCGUUAAGAGUUGUCUCCUAUUUAAAGUCGGCUUAUAUUUACUACUUCUCAAAGGGUCCAAGAUCAGCCCACGGCUCCGAUUUACCCUAUAUUUUUGGUGCUCCGCUCAAUAAGGGAAUCAAUCCAUUUGAUACAAAAUUUGACAAUGAUGACGUUUUAGUUAGUGAAGCUAUGAUUAGAUAUUACAGUAAUUUUGCUUGGAGCGGUGACCCUAAUAAACCCGGAAAAUUUAAAAACUACGGACAGCAUUCUAAUAAGACAAAAGUGAACUCUUUCCACAAUGCCUACUGGCACUCGCAUUCAAAAAAACAUCCAAGUUAUCUUCAGAUAGAUUCGAAUCUUGUACUUCAUCGAACUUUCUUCAAAAAGACAAGGAUUUCGACCUGGAAUGUAGCGAUCGAAAAAUAUCGAUCCAACAGCGGUUCACCAUCUGCUAAGCAUAGACUAGACAAUUCCAGUGAUAUGUCAACUUUUGAAAAAUCGGGUACUAGACCUUUAAAACUUAAGCCUAUACUACCUCCACCACCUUUUCCGCCGUUUCUUUCACAGCGACAAACUACUGUGUCGACAAGAUACUCAACUACUACUAGCACAAAACUUACAAGUAGUGUAGCUACGUCAACUGUUAGGAAAUUUACGACUAGUACAGUACCGACAUCUACUGUUAUUUCGAAUUUGAUAAAUGACAAAGGGGAAGUUAGCUUCUCAACUAUGUCGCUGUCAAUAACGAUAGCCGUUGGAUGCUCGUUAUUAUUUAUUAACGUUAUAGUCUUUGCCUCAUUUUUAUAUCAAAGGGAAAAACUUUGGAAGGAGCUGAAAAGGAGACAAAGAGAAUUAGAAGAGAGAGAGCGAGUUGCGAAUUCGGGUCUUGAAGAGAGUGAUAGACUGACAAUAGCUCCAUCUCCCAAAGCUCCCGUUAAAGUAACAAAAUAUUACGAGAUAAAUCAUCAUUCAGUUCAAAGAUCUGCUCCACCUAGUGCUUAUCAGACACUUAGUCGAACAACGGCUAUACCAUUUCAGGAAAAUUGUACAGAUGGAUUUGUUACAAGACCUGUAACUCAGGUUUAAAGUUUUUUCUCUGCAAUGUUAAUUGUGGGUGCUUAGUUAUUUAAAAAAAAUAAACAAUAGUAAAAGAAGAAGCAGAAGAAGAAGAAUAAGGAGGAUGAGGAGAAAAAGAUAAAGAGGCGUUCCUCUUGUUUGUUUUUUAUACGACUAAAUAAAACUGAAUGAAAACUGUUCAGAAUGACAAAGCUAUUUUUACUUUUUAAAGGAAAUAUGAAAAAUAUUUGCUAUGGAAUUAUAUUUAAAAAAUUCCUAUUCUCUUUUAUAUUAUUUAAUUUUGUAUUAGUAUGAUUAUACUAUAUAUUCUUCAUAUAAUGCUGAAAAAAACACACUUACAUACAGACUUUCCAACAUAUCACACUCAUACCUACAGCAAUUUAGUUAAUUAAGAAAGAUAAUAACAAACUAGGCAAACAUAACAAACAAAUAAAACCUAAUAAAUAAACAAAACAACCAAAGAAAAGUGUAUUCUUUUUUAAUUUGAUAUUAAGUUUGUUUCUCGUUAAUUCAACAUUUUUG